AUGAAUCUGAAAUCACAACCAAGUAUCUACCCCAAGCGUUACAAGAAAACCAAAACGAAUAUGCUCUUCCAACUACCCCCCGAAAUUAUGGAGAUUGUGCUUGAUAAUUUGCAUCAACGUGAAUUAUUACAAAUAUCCCAAAUCAACAAAUACUUUCGACACUUGACACUCUUACGUCAGUACUCUGUGAUUUCUAUUGACUCAAGUCCUAAGUUGUUUCAAAGAGAUACAAAAUCAUUAAAUGAUUUUCAAGAGUUGCGUGGUGUUUACCAACUUGACAAUUAUUCCAUCAGAGCAGUAAACAUUUCGUCAGUCUAUUGUUUGAAACUUUUCUUCAAGACACUAAUAGAAAAUCCUCAAUAUGGGGGGUAUAUCAAAAUAUUCCACGUCGAGCAUUUACCAGACAUCCCUGAUUUGCAUGUGGUUGAGUAUUUGCAAAGAGUCUUGCCAUUGAUGAAUAGAUUAAAAGAGUUUCAUUGGAACCACUCCUACCCCGUUUCCAUGAAGUUGUUGCAAUACAAUUUAGAGCUAACAGCUGUCAGUGGUAAUAUUUUGUGUGACAAUAUCAAUAUGGAUGCAUACCCUUUACUCAAUGAAGCUGUCUUGACUGUUACCGAUUUUCAUUUACCACUACGGAAACUCACAAUAAAAAAUGUUGAUUUAAACAACAUUUCUGUCAACACAACAUUGUUAAAGUCGUUGACUAUUGAAAAUUGUUCUAACGAGAAAGAUUUUUUAAUCAAAUUGGAUGCCCCUCGUCUUGAAGAUUUGUCCUUAUCGAUAGAAGAUCAACCAUUUUUUGCAAAAAUGUUCUCCCAAUUACAUCUCAAAAGUUUGAAAUUAUCGAUCCCAGAACAAUGUGAAAUGUUGAAAGUUAGCCACAUAUUAAAUUUUUUGAACAAAGACAUUUCCAGGUUGGAAAUUUCCAAUCAACCCGACAGUCACAGUUACAAGAUUUUACCUAAAUUCAACAAUUUAGAUUAUCUUCAUUUAUCAGUAUUGGAAAAAGAUAUUUACAAACUUCUUUCGUCAUUAACGAAAAAAUUACGGUUUCUUUCCUUGAAUGUACUUGAGGCAACUGAGAGACGUAAUUGUUUGAUUGCAAGUGAAUUUUGGGAAUGCUCAAUGAUUGACGAGAAUCAAUUAAAAUACACUGAUUUCACUCUAGAGUACCACAGAAAGUUGGAUCGCUUGAAAUGGCUCCGCUUUCAAGGCAAUGAUACCACAUAUAUUUUUGAAUGCAACGAAUCAGAACCAAUAAUUUUCCGUGAUGGAUUUUAUCAUUAUUUUGAUAGAAUAGUAAACACAUUAAUAUAA